AUGGCCAGAAACAGCGAUGUGGAAUCUAUCACUGCGACUUUUGAUAUCUUCCCUACAAGAUUGCGCUGUGGUGUUCAGGUACGUAGCAUCUUCCAAUGUUCUUGUGUGCAUGAAAAGAACGAGCCAGUUCCAAACGGUGGCGUGAAGGGGCAAAAGACAAGCUCACUAGAGGGUGCAGCCCACGCACUAGAAAGUGAAGGUGAGAAAUAA